UUUUAUACGUCUUAACUAGCGCAAAUAAAAUUAAAUGAAUAAAUUGGUAUAUCCGUAGUUAGGAGUAGAAAUAGAACAAACGCACGAAUAGAAAGAAUUAAUAAAACAUUUAUACACGGAAUACUAUAGUAUAAAGCAGAUUGUUAAGUAGAAUGAAAUGACAUGCUUGUUAAACCAUUAAAUUUGGAUGCAAUACAGUUCGACAGAAAAUGCAAUUUCAAAAACAUAGUCACGACGUAAAAUUCAAACAAGUUCCUUGUGGUGAUCAAUUUGAGUGCUACUUAUGAAAACAAAGUAUUCCAAUAUGUGGAAUUUGUUCUCUUCGAUUAUCUUUGUUCCUUUGAAUUUGUUAAUUAUUUCCCUAUCAAAUAAUGUAAAAUCAUUUCCAAUGAAUGACUCUCAAAAUGUAAAAUCAAAUGCAACGGUUCAAACUACUAUCAGUUAUAGACUCGAUACUUGGUCACAAUAUGAUAAUCCCGAGGAAGGUACGCAUCAUGAGGGUGAUAUUAAAAUAUCAAAUACUCGAAAAACAAUUACAGCAUUCAAAGAAAAAUUGUGGCCAAAUGGGAUUGUGUACUACACUCUAGAUGAACUUAUUGAAAAUAAUCCGCAAGCAUUAUCUGUUCUACAAGAAGCAAUGAUGAUAAUAAUGGAAAGAACGUGUAUUAAAUUUCAACGAAUUUAUCCAGAUUCAAAUGGGCAAUAUUCAGUUGAAAGUUGGGUUAAUAUUAUAGGAAACAAGAGAGGAUGUUAUUCUGAUAUAGGACGUAAUCCACUUAGCGGAUCAAGUUUUCUAAACUUAAAUAUAAAUACAUGUUUUGAUAUAUUAGGCCAUGCUCUUCAUGAAAUGUUGCAUACAUUAGGUGCUUAUCAUGAACAUAUGAGAUCAGAUCGUGAUGAACACAUCAAUAUUUUAUGGGAAAACAUUAGAGAAGGAGCUCAAUUUAAUUUUAAACUGUUAGAUAUUAAUACAGUAAAUUAUUAUGGAUUGCCAUAUGAUUAUAGUAGUAUAAUGCAUUAUUCAAUGACAGCGUUUUCCAAAAAUAGGUCUGUAGCAACAAUAGCACCCAAGGUAUGCAAAUUUAUAUUUUUCACUUUACUAUUUCUUUCUUUCGUAUUGGUAUUAAUAAUUUUCAUACAGAUAAAUAAUGUAGAAAUUGGUCAAAGAUUAAGAUUAUCUUACUAUGAUAUAAAAAAAAUAUUAAUAACAUAUAAAUGCAGUUUAAUGUAUUACGAUAAGAAUGAAAAAUUGUAUGAGGAGGAAAAUAAUGGAAUUGCAUUCGGUUCUUCAAAACUAAAUAAUAAUACAAUUGAAGUACUACGUAAAACAACAGAUAAUACUGUAGGUACUAAUAAAAAAGAAGGAAUAUUUAUAAAUUCUACGUCAACUAGUGAACACGAAUCAUUAAAUAAAACAGGUAAUGUAAAUUCGUCUACCAAUCAUUCACAAUCGGAAUAUCAAUUAAAUAGUACUGAAUAUUACUCUAUUAAUCCAAAUUUUGCUAUUGUAAAUUAUCCAAUUUAUAAUAUUUAUUAUUUUGAAUAAUCUUAUUAUAAGAGCAUCAAAAAUCAGAAAGAUUUUUCGAAUAUUGUAUAAUUGUAAUUUUAAUGAAUUCUAACAUAAUAUCCUA